UGGUUCGGUGGUUUACUUACCGAGAACCAAAUUAACGGUUCGGUUGAACCGAACAGAUUUACACCCUUAGCCUGGCGACUAGGAAGUCCAAUUUUGUUAGCAAAAAGAAAGUAUAAUCGUUUUCCCUUUCGCCGUCGCUCAUUUUCUUCUCCGUUCAGCGGACGUCGAUCGGAUCACUUCCUCGUACUUUUCAAGAUCCGCUCCACAUCCAUUGCCAUGGUUCUACUGCAGCUAGACCCUUUUCUCAAUGAACUUACCAGCAUGUUUGAGCGUAGUACCGAGAAGGGUUCAGUGUGGGUUACUCUAAAGCGAUCAUCAUUGAAGUCCAAGGUGCAGAGAAAUAAAAUGACCACUGCUGGUCAACCUAUUGAGUAUAGGUGCCUCAUCCGUGCUACAGAUGGGAAGAAGACAAUUUCAACUUCCGUUGGUGCAAAAGAUCAUCUGAGAUUUCAAGCUUCGUAUUCAACCAUUCUUAAAGCCCACAUGACUGCUCUUAAAAAGAGAGAGAGAAAGGACAAGAAGAAGGCAGCAGAGGCCGAGAAGGGUCUGAAGAAAAAACCCAGGAAAGUAUAAAAGCAGGGCUCUUUUUUGCUUCUGUAGGUGGCUCAAAUCAUUGUAACUUCUUUCUCUUCGUUACCCUUGUUUUUCAUUCCUUUAACUUGAUGAGUGUUAUGCUUCCCCCAUAUUUCUAGCAAAACGCAGAGGAAAGGGGAGGUAGGAUUUUGGAGCUUCAGGAACUGAAAAAUAUUCGAUCUUGUCAUUUGUUUAGCCUUUUUUUCCCUUAAAAAGAUUUAAAUUAUACAUGUGAUUUUACUGUGGAAUUGUCUGUAAGUUUUACAUUCUCUCUUCCUUGAAGCUAUAAAACAACUUGACCGUCCUUUUAAGGUGCAA